AUGGAUGAGACCGACAAUCCCAUAAGAUUUGAGCCAAAAUCGCUCUCGAUUAAAAUAGUCAUCGGUAUUCUCGUCUUGCUGGUUGGAGCUGCAGUUUUCAUGGAAUUAGAGCGAACUAAAGGUGACCCAACUCCAAAAAAAUCCGACGCGACUAAACUAAAAGAAAGCUUAGCAGAAAAAUACAAUAUCAGUGUAACCGAUUUGAGACAACUCGAGACCGCCAUCGGACAAGAGGCGGCCGAGAAGGAAGACGCCAAAGGGCUAAAUCGCUGGACUUACGGCAAUUCUGUGUUCUUUGCAUUCACGAUUAUGACAACGAUUGGUGAGUGCAUAUUGUUUGAACUGGAAUAUAAUCGUAUAUCAAUAAUACCAGAUAAAUCAUAAUUUGAAAGCGAUUUUUCAAGCGAUGCAACCGAUAACGAUUAUCUACAUCUCAAUUUGUAGUUUUCAUAUUUCAAAUAAUAUGAAUACAAAUGAAGGAAUCUUGUUAACAAAACAGCUCUUAAAAUACUGCCUAACGGGCAUUAGUCAUCGUUCCUUAUAAGGGCUAAGGUAGAAAAUUAGUACCUGUGGUAAGAUUUACAGUUUAUUCUUCAAUUUUUCGUGACUCAGUGCAUUCAAUUCUCAGCAUUUGGAUGGCAAUCGAUUCCUUGUUGACUCAAAAUAAUACGCAUAAAUAAGAAAUGAAAGAAAUUGGCAACAUAACUAAACCUUCUAUGAGGCGCCUUGUCAAUUGAUUCGUAGUCCUCAAUUUCUGUAAAAUCUUCUAACGAAAGUGUUAUGCAAAAAUGCGAUCCUCUCACGUUAUUUGUCGGCGAGAAAAAUGAGGAUUAAAAUGUUAAAAAACGGAAAUUUAAGUCAUUUAAUGUAGGAAAUUUCCGAAACAGCCAAAUAAAAAAAAUUUGAAAUUACCGCGUCAAAGGUUCUCCCAAUUACCACUGGGUUGCAUUUCCUCGCUCUCAGCUAUUUAAAUCUUCGAUGUAAAUCUAGGAUAGAGCGGUACCAAAAUUAUUUUAUCUACGCAAACACAAACGGAUUAAACCCUGGUAGGCUUUUUAAAAAACGGCUUCAGGACCUUGUGCUCCACUGUCAAGGAGUUCGUUCACGUUUUUAAAUGGAUGGUUGUAUACCCUGCGUGUAGCCGUACCCUCGCGCCGCAAGGUAAAAUGGAGGCGAGGUAACCCUCGCUUCCGUUCCACCUUUGGCGGGGAGGGCACGGCUACACGUUGGUCAAUUGUUGUGCGAUAAUCAAACACAGUUCGGUGAUCUGAGAGAUUGACAAAGAGCUCACAUAAAGUUAUGCAAUCGAUUGACAGAGUUUAAAAUUGGUCUCAGGAUAAUUUUUCAGCCGGAUUGUCUGUUAAUAAUAAUCCAUAUUAAAAACGAUAAUAAUUUCAUGGUUCUUUCAUUAAGGCUAUGGUCACAUGUCCCCACAAACAUGGCAAGGCCAGUUAUUCUGUAUCUUCUACAGCCUCAUAGCCAUACCAGUCGCUGGCAUCAUGUUACUCAGCGUUGGAAACCACGUGAGCUUGGCCAUUCGGGUCUUCAUCCGCUUCUUGGAGAGAACUUGCCUCAGUAGUGUAAGAUCGGGGAGUGCAGAAUUCAAAAGCUUCUUUGUCACUUUCCUGCUCAUGGUACUAAUGAUCUUUUUUGGCGCCAUUCUGACGUCACAUACAGAUGGCUGGACGUUCAUCGAAGGAUGUUAUUUCACAUUCAUCAGUGUGUCUACCAUCGGGUUUGGAGAUUAUGUUGUCAAUGACGGUGAGCUUAAAUCCACAAACCACGCAAAGACGUUUGCGGUUAAUUUUACAAUUGUAUUGAUCACCGUGGGACUGUGUGUUGUUUCCAGUGUCCUUUGCUCGGUCAGUGCUAUCAUCGAAGAGAGGCAAAAGCGAAUGCGAAUGCAGUUGCCUGAUUCAGCGACCAAUGCCUUGAACGCCGCUAAUUUAGCCUUGAAUACAGUCACAAGCAAUCUUCCGUUGAGGCUAUCGACCAGGGCUAAAAACGCGGUGGAUAGUGCUGUUGUUGAAACAAGGAAAGGAGAAAUAUAA